AUGGCGGCCCCCAAGUUCGAGCUCUACGGCUACUUCCGCUCCUCCUGCUCCGGCCGGCUGCGGAUCGCGCUUCACCUGAAGGCGAUCCCGUACACCCGCCACUUCAUAAACCUCCUCCAGGGCGAGCAGAGGUCGGACGCCUUCAAGGCUCUCAACCCCUCCGGCACCGUGCCCCUCCUCGUCAGCCAUCACCCAGAUACCAACGCUACGUUUACCAUCGGCCAGUCUCUCGCUGCCCUCGAGUAUCUCGAAGAAUGCAUGCCCGCUGGCACUCGCGCUCUUCUCCCACCCCUGUCGGACCCCGUAGCGCGCGCCCGCGUGCGCACCGUGUGUCUGCUAAUCGGGUGUGAUAUCCAGCCGGUGACGAAUUUGCGCAUUCAAAUGAAGGUCAAGGCCAUGCAGGGCGACCCGGCGGCGUGGUCCUGCGAGUUGGCCACGCAGGGAUUCGAGGCGCUGGAGAAGACGCUGGAGGGCAGUGCGGGAAAGUAUUGCGUGGGAGAUGAGAUCACGCUGGCCGAUGUCUGCCUCGUACCGGCUGUGUGGGCCGCAGAGAGAGUGAACGUCGACUUCAGCCGGCUUCCCCUCGUUAAGAGGGUGUUUGAUGAGAUGAUGAAGGAAGACGCUGUGCAGAAGGCACAUUGGCAGCACCAAGAGGACACGCCCGAGACGUUGAGAGCGUGA